AUGAGUUCAGAUCGGCAAGAACGCAUCAUCCCAUCUGAAGUCCCGAGCGGCAUUAAUGCAGAAGACCAGUCACCUUUUCCUGCGGAAAUUACAUCGGGCCCUCGGGCUGGAGCAGCAACCGUCCAGGAUCCAACGACUCAUGGAGGCACAGCAGCCGCUCCAAGCCAGACUACUCCGCGCCAUGGAAGACGAUCCCGGCCACUGGGAAUCAAAAAGGCCCGGAAUACAGCUAAGCAGCGACGGUCCAAGGAAAACCUUCCUUCCGGCAUUGAGCAGACACAGGUCGACAAGCAUACUCGCCGUGAACGAGUCGCACAGAAAAAGAGGGCCUCCAAGGUCGUCACGCAGAUCGAUUUCCGUGCGUGGAUAGAAGGAAAUCAGACCGUGGCAAAUCCACAACCCGAACUAGCUCGUGCAAAACGGCCCCGACCAGUGGAUGAGGAAAGCGGGGAGACUGGCCACGGCUCUGCAACCUCUGGCACGGGUUUGACUUCACCAGAGCAGAGGAAAAGGUUACGGCCAAACAGGCCCCGGAAAGGAGAGGAACACGCGCCAUCGAAUGAUGUAAAUGAGGUGAACCCUCCACCCUUACCUCCCAUGCCAGUUACUGGAGGGGCCUCCUCAGGCUCUCAUUGGGAUGAUAUCCAACCUGGCCGGAAUGUCACAAUUACUUUCCGAGCUUACGAGCGUGGGGAAUGGAGAAAGUUAGACGCUGUAUCUGUGAAUGCCUCUGAUCCACGCGAAGCACAAAAACUCGCCGAUCACUAUGCGCGAGCAGAGGGCCAGAAUGCACGAUUUUAUAACCGUGCCCUCCGAAAGGUCAGUGUCAAUCAGUGCGUUCGUGCAGCGAUUGAUGACGGUACCUUCACCAUCCUCAUGAGUUUAGGAAGAGAACUGGCUGUGACCCGACAACUGGUGGCUUCGGUCACACGAUUGUUUAAGGGUGUCAUUGCAAACACGGCAUCAGCGACGGACGACAAGGUGUCAUAA